UGAUGUUGUUGUUUGUGACUCAAAUCUCCAGAAGCCGAACAAAAACAGACUCACAGGUCUCAUGCAGAAAAAGAGACGGUCCUUUAAAGUGAUACAGUACAAAUGCUUAACCUACCUCUAUGAAAUACAACAAUAAAAAAAAGCUGUUUCAGGACUGCGCUCUUCUGGAGUUCUCCGAUGUUGUUCCUGGAAUCUGCUGGAGCCACUCGCCUAGCUUGGGAGUCACCACACCGAGUGCUCCCACUGCCACUGAGACCACUGUUACCUUCACCCUCCACAUCUACUCGAGCUCUUCUCUGAGCCCUGGGUAUUUCUCCAGCUUCUCAUGUUCCUUCUUCCUGAUGUUGCUGUCAUUCGGUACAUCUAUCACCACGGCCGUCACCCUCUGUUUGUCUGACACUAUGUCAGGUUGGUUGUGAUUAGAAGUUGUUGGUCAAAGCGAUUUAAUAUACAGUUGCAAAUCUGUUUUUCUUUAUGAAAGUUAUUCUAAAGAAAAUGAAAUUGGUCACAAACCUGACAGUUAACAAACACAGAUGUACAAGAUGCUUUAAGGAGAUACCAAACCUGGAAGGAGAUGCUGUGAACCAGCUGUGGUCAAUAGUUUGCAUGUCUUGAUGAUUUUGGAGUUUUUAAAUAUUUAUUUCAGAUAUUCUUUUUUCAGGUUCGAUUAAUUGUACAGGUUAUUUCUUUAUUGCCUUAUUCAAUUGAUUGAAGGUUUCAAGGCUGAAUUUAUUUGUAUUUUUCUUUAAUUCAUACAAAUAUAUACAUACUCUCCACCAUCACUCUGUUAAAUCUUUAAUAAUCACUCAAAUAACGGAAGAAAUUGAUGUAUUUAAUUUUUCAUUUUUAUGACUUUAUGAAGGAUUACAAAGAAAAAAUGUAAACUAUUUACAUUAUGAAAAAUUAGCUCAAUAAAAAUAUGAAUAUAGAAAUAAAUCACAGGGUCACAUGUGAAGCUCCACAAAGGAAACAUGAACUUCAUAUCAGAGCUCCGACACUCUGCACGCAGUUCUGUGACAGGUGAAAAAAAAACACGCGUUUAUUUAUCAUUUUAAUAUAUUUACAGCAAUAAAAAAAACGUCCCACGCGCCCACAAACCACAUUAUAACCCUUUUGUUAUUUUUUAGGCCAGAAAAUGAUUAUUUUACUGCUAAAAUAAUUAAAAUCGAGGAAAAUAAAAACACCUUUAGGCCGCAGGAAGCCGCGAUAUAAAUUUACAGAUAAACCCGCGACCUAGCGAGUCAGUGGAAGGUGGACCGAGACGUGGCCGUGGGAAUACUGUGAUAACAUUAAAAACACAACGUGUGAACACGAACACUGUGUGAGGCGAUAACAGGGGAGGUUUGACGUUGUGCUUUGUGUUUGUUGCCGUGGAAACGGGUGUGUCACAGCCCCACAGCGGCUUAUUAUGAUAUCCACGCAUCAUUACAGGCAGCCCACGAACACAGCUCGAGAUGGUUCCAGGAUGUGUGUGAAGAAAAAGAAAUCUCGGGUUUUCAAAGACUCUAAACUCUGGAGAAGUGAAGCUCUCAGUGGUUUCCUGCCACAGACAGACAGCAGAGGCCGAGAGGAACGUUUGAGUUGUGCGUCAGCAGCUGCAGACGAGCGUCCGAGUGUUUAACGGCAUCUGUGCUGGUGUCGACUUCACAGGAGGAUGAAGAUGCUGCUGCUGUUCCUGCUUCUCCUCAUCGACGUUUCCCAGCAUGCCUGUGGUGUGGAGGUGUAUGUUGGGGAUCCGUUCGUCCUGCUGCCCUGUAAUAGCCAAACAUCUGAACUGGACAACUCCACAGUGGUGUGGAGUCGCUCCGACCUCAGUCCUCCAACCGUCCACCAGCUUCAAGGAGACGAACUGAAAGAUCAAAACCAGCGUUACAGCGGCCGAACAUCCAUGAAGACUGACGCUCUGGAAACUGGAGACCUCAGCCUGAACCUGACCAACCUCCAACUGUCUGACAGUGGCACCUACACCUGCUCUGUCAGAGACCUUAAAUUUGGCUACCAGAUACUGGGAGAUGUACAGCUACAGGUCAAAGGUCAGCAAGAAGCUUCAGCGACUGCUGCAGAGCAGUGGUCAUACUGGGAGCCUCUCAUGUUUCUCCUGGUUCUGGUCCUUACAGUUUCCGGGGUUCUUUUAAUACAUUUCCGGCACUAUUUCAUGUCAGGCUGUGAAAGUGAAGACGGGGAUUCUGACGCCCUUUAAAGCACAGCUGACCUUCAUCAGGACAUCACAGAGGAGACGCUCAAACUACAAACACACAAUGAUCCACAGACACACACCUGCCUGAUAAACUGCUCUUAGUACAUCAUCACACACACAGGAUGUGAUUAUGCACAAAGUCUUCAAGCAACCAAUGAGAGCACAGGAUACGACUGACUGACCUCUGGUAGGAACCACAGAUGAGGACACAGGUACACACCCCACAGCAGCUGAAGCUUUCUGCCUCUCUGUAGACGGUGUUUGUUUACAUUGAAAGCAAAAAUCAGAUACUACAGAUGUCACGUGAAUUUAAAGGUUUUUCUGUGAGUGAACUGACUACAGCGGCUACAACGCCGUCCUUUGUUAACGUUGUUGGUCCAGAAACUUCCUGUUCACUCAGAACCUGAAAUAAAGAUGAACAUCAGAGCCUCUGGUUUUUAUCCCCCCUGACAUCAAACAGACACAAAACACUGAGUCACUAAGACGGAGUGUUUCAGAUCAGAUAUGUGGGGAAUGAUGAUAUGAUGGUGCGCGUCUCCUCUCAGGUGGAGGUGAGGUUAUUCCCACUGCUGUCCUCAGCCUGCAUUUCUAUGUCUGUAAAGAUUACGAGCUCUAUUAAACGAUAAACGUGCACUUCUGCUUCUCUGUGAUCAGUUAAUAAUCAACUCAAAUGCAGUAUCAACCAUAUUUUUUACCCUCGUGACAAAAAGUAACAACAAGUUUUAUUCUUUGCUAAUUAAUCACAGCUUUACUGUGUUAUGGUGUAAAAUAACCCCAAAGUCCAAAAACAAGCACAUCAUUUUAGAAUCACUCUCUCUUCAUUGAUGAUGCUGAGCUUUUAUACUCAUUUCCAAAAACCUCAGAGAAAUUAAAGCCUGGAGCUUCAGUGGUUAAACAACAUUUAGUGUGUGUGAGUCUGAUGAGCAGCUCUGACAUGAACCAUGACUCCUCCAUGUCCAGCACUGUGGUGAAAGCUGUGGACUUUCAGUCAUGUAUCAGCUUCCUGUCACACACGAGGACUUCCUGUUAAGGACAAAAGUUCCUCUAUCAGCAGUUUGUGCAUCGUGACACUCCACCCAAGUGUUUCAGAUGGUGAUGAUUCUGGGUGCAUAACAUAACACAUAGGAUUGAAUAAAGACGCUGACACCCCACCUGUGCAGGCGUCCUUUGACUUAGUUUUAUUCAUUUAUCGUAUUUUAAUCACUUUGUGACUGUUUGUCUUGAAAUUUCAUUUCUUAUCAAGUGAUAAAGCUUUAUUGCAUUUAAUAAAAGCAUGUGACAAGUGAAAGGAUGGAGGAACAGAGCGAAGUGUUGCAGUCUGUUUACAUAUUUAGGGACAACUAUCAUGCCAAUGACAGAGUGUGUUUCUAAUUAAGCACGUUUAAUGGAAGAAAUGUCUUUAUUAAUAAUAGAUGACUGGAGAUGGUCCGUGCCUGUUUCACUGACUGUUACAAUCCCUGUUUUACUGUUUACAACAAUUCUGACGGCUAAAGAACCAAAUGGGACAAAAAAAAGAAGUAAGUGUAUUCACAGCGUACAUUUAAGCUUCCCCUGUGUUUCAUUCGCAUGUGUCCCCAGCCCGUCGUGUCUCUCUCUUGUGCUCCCUCGUUUUUUUUAUUCUUAUGACUUGGCAGCAUGAAUUUAUUUUCCUGAAAGAAACAUAAACAAAUGCCAUGGCCGUGAAGUCUGUUAGUCAAUAAAGUAACCACAUGUGAUCGUGCUUUGCAGAAAAGGUACUCGCACUCAUCUAUCCAUACCAUGCAUGCCUAUGAUUACUUAACCCACCAGAGAUUUGCUUGAGUACAGCUGCAAGCUGUGACCUAAGGGGUUCAGCUGGACAUGAGCAAUAACUAAAUAACAAUUAAACCAUGCCAUUCUUAAAGAUGUGGGCCUAGGCACAAUUAAGUGGGAUUUGGGCAUGGAAUUUACAGUGUGUUUGCUACCUGUGCCCAAGCAGAGAUCCUCAAUGCUUCCUCAACAACAUUUUUAAGUAAUUUGCAUAUUUGUUGAAAAAAAAACUGUCUCAAAUUCUCCAAUUAAAAUAUAGAUACAAUUACACAUUUUCAAAAGCCUGACGUGUGCAUAUAAGAGAGGCUGUGUAUAAGGCUUUAAAAAUCUGUCACAAAGGUGACUUUGUGUCUGACCUUAUUGUGUAUCCAUCUGUAGACGUUUCCUUUUCAGGGGCACAAAGACUGUAUAGAAACAUGAUUUACUAAGGUCUGUGGGAGGGAAUUUAAUGCAUAUUAGGCUGAAUUUAGAGCCAAAAACACGUGCCUUAUUUUUUUCAGUGUAGAUGUAAGAGUUGCUGCUAGCAGGGCUCAGUUAUUUGGAAGGAGAGGGGGAUGUUACCAAUACAAGCAAGUAUUUUCUUUUACUGGGAGCCAAGUUACUUGUGUCAUUCUUUUCCAGGUGUGUCCACACAGAGCAACAUUUUUUGUUUGUUUUAUGUCUAUCUGAUAUAGGAUCAUUUAACAAACCAAGCUGAAAUGUCUGUCAAAAUGAAGCAGUCCACUCUCUUAGCUAUCUAAACUAAGUUAGGCUGUUGUUGGAGCCAUUCAUUCAUUUUGAUCAUUUUGGAAAUGUAAUAAAAACUUCUUGCUGCUUUCAGGUAUUAAGCACUAUCCUUGGGUUCCAAACACCUGAUCAGAUAUAACUAAUGGUCUGUAAACAAACAAAAUAAUUAUUGAGGCAGUUCAAAUAAAUAAUUACUAAAGUUGAUUCUUUUUUUUAAAAUAAAAUAUGAAUAUUUACAGCAUAGCAGUAAAAAGGCAUAGUGUUGCUCACAGACACAAGGUUUCACUGAAUAUUAAAAACAAUCAAAAUCGUUUUUUCCUAAAUUAUGUAUAAACUGAAUUGAAUAGUUAAGGUAAGGCAAAUAGAAUAAUUCUCACUUCUGUCUCAGUCCAGGUGAUGGUGUUUCAAACAUUUUGUGAUAAAAUGUUCAGAAAAUAUGAGAA